GACCGUAAACUCUCCAAGUCUGAACGCCAGCGCUUCAAGGAGGAGGCCGGGAUGCUCAAAGGUCUUCAGCACCCGAACAUCGUCCGAUUCUACGACUCCUGGGAGUCCACCCUGAAAGGGAAGAAAUGCAUCGUCCUGGUCACCGAGCUCAUGACCUCCGGGACCCUGAAGACGUAUCUCAAGAGGUUCAAGGUGAUGAAGCUGAAGGUCCUGCGCAGCUGGUGCCGCCAGAUCCUGAAGGGGCUUCAGUUCUUGCACACCCGGACCCCCCCAAUUAUCCACAGAGACUUGAAAUGCGACAACAUCUUCAUCACCGGCCCCACCGGCUCUGUGAAGAUUGGAGACCUGGGACUCGCCACCUUGAAGAGGGCGUCCUUCGCCAAGAGUGUCAUAGGUACCCCUGAGUUCAUGGCGCCGGAGAUGUAUGAGGAGAAAUACGAUGAGUCCGUAGACGUGUAUGCCUUUGGGAUGUGCAUGCUUGAGAUGGCCACGUCUGAAUACCCUUACUCCGAGUGCCAAAACGCUGCGCAGAUCUACCGGAGAGUCACCAGUGGUGUGAAGCCGGCCAGCUUCGAUAAGGUGGCCAUCCCGGAGGUGAAGGAGAUCAUCGAGGGGUGCAUCCGCCAGAACAAGGAUGAAAGGUACGUUAUCAAGGACCUCCUGAACCACGCCUUCUUCCAGGAGGAGACCGGGGUGCGGGUGGAGCUGGCGGAGGAAGACGACGGAGAGAAGAUCGCCAUCAAACUGUGGCUGCGCAUCGAGGACAUCAAGAAGCUGAAGGGGAAAUACAAGGACAAUGAGGCCAUAGAGUUCUCCUUCGACCUGGAGAGAGACGUCCCUGAUGACGUGGCCCAGGAAAUGGUGGAAUCAGGCUACGUCUGCGAAGGAGAUCACAAGACCAUGGCCAAGGCGAUCAAAGACAGAGUGUCGCUGAUCAAGCGUAAACGGGAACAGCGGCAACAGGUGCGGGAGGAGCAGGAGAAGAGGAAGCAAGAGCAGCAGCAGGUGCAGCAGCAGACCGAGGUGCAGCCGCAGAGCCCUCCCGUGCCCACCGGUAAAGUCUCCACCGGACCGGGUGUGCCAAGCGCCGCCACGUCCCAAGUGGAGCCGGAGGAGCCCGAGGCGGAUCAGCAUCUGCAGUAUCAGCAGCCCAGCAUAUCCGUGACAUCGGAUGGCAUGGCUGACAGCGGCCAGGGCUCCUCAGUGUACUCGGAGUCACGCGUUGGCAGUCAGCAGGACCCGGGGGUCCCCACUGCCCCCGUCACCACCACCACUGUGCCAGGCUACAGUAGUCCCAACGUUCAGCCCCAAACGGGGGGAUUUAGCGCAUCCGUGGGGCCACGCCGGGGCCGUAGCAUGUCAGUGUGUGUCCCCAUCCUGUCCUCCACCCCUCUCCUUCCUUCAUCCGCUCCCAGCACGCCUUCAUCUGCCCCCGCCUCUCCUUGCUGGACGUCCCCCGAGGAAUCCUUUGCUGACAAGCUUUCCAAGGCUUUAGAGAACGUCCUACCCAUGCACUCCGGCAGUGUCCGCAGGCAGCAGCGGCGAUGCAGCCUGCCCACCCUCUAUACCAGCCCUCCACAAUCCAUGGCGCAUCAUCCACCACAACCACUCCCAGACUCUCCGCUAUAUUUCCCGACCAUUCACGAACGUCCCAUUUCGUUUUCUCCACCGCCGACCUUCUCCUCCCCCAAGGCGGCCGGCGGCAGUGGCAGCAGCACGCAGAGACGAAAGAGCACGUCCUUUCUGGAGUCGCAGGCCCGGCACCUGAGAACCCACGGGCCCAGUCCCCUCCUGGACUCCACCAAUCGCAGGUCGGAUGGGAUGAGCACCCCACGAAAAACCACUGGCAAAUCUGCCGAGACCAAUCACCGGCAAGAGGGCAGAUCGGGCGGAGACCACCAGAUGAGACCCCCUGUAGAAGCCGUCUAUCUGGCCAGUCUGCCCUAUAACAUACAGGUGGAAGCAUACGGCACCGCAACGGCAACGGGUCAUCCGAAAGAUCCAGUGAUGGCGCAAGUCGGCUCCAUGUACGACUAUCAGACUGGUCAGACUUACCUAGCCCGUCCGGUGCUGAGACUGGAAACUGGAGCCAACCAGCCAUCCCCUCUAGGAAGUAUGUCCGCCCCGGUGACGGCGGAGCCACACAUCAUGCUCCACCAGGUGUUCAUGCCGCAGUCUGCUCCUCCAGUCCUCACCCAGGGCACCGAAGGGCCUUGCGUCUUUGAGUUUCACGUGCAUUCAUCCGGACCCGAGGGCGCUAUGUACGUGCCCCACCGCGUCUACUGUGCCCGGCGCGGCUCCAUGGAGCUGGAGGAGGUCUCCUAUAGUACCUUACUGCAGAACCGUCUACAGACCGUGACGGAAGAGCAAUGCGGCCAACCUUGCCCGGACCGGACCUCUCCUCUCGUCUGUAAUGGAUCUCAGAGCUCUGAAUACUCUGGAAGCUCCUCUGACCCAGGAGAAUAUCUGUCACCACCUCUGCCUACAGGAUCCGGCCAGAACGCGGAGAUCUACCCGCAGAAAUUCCUUCAAGAUCCACCUGUCAUCUUCUGCUUCCCCCAGUCCGGAGUGUCCUAUCCUGCCCAGGCUGCUGUCUAUGGCCACCAGGUCCCUCUGCUGCCCCCGACUACAUCUGUGCCUGGUGGUGUGGGCGCCCAGACAGUCCCUCACACUCAGGGCCUGCAGCAUCAGCCAUCACCGGCCCAUCAGACGACCCAGUACCAGGUCCCCCUCCCGGCUGUGCCCAGCAGUGUACCAGUGCAGACCCAACCCAUGGGUACCCAAACCCAAGUGGUCUCCACGGCCGGGGUACCGCAGCUCCCCGUCUCCCAGCCUUUUCCAGCCGUACCAGGAGAGCCUGUGAUUCCAGCACCCGCCCCGCAGCCUCACCCCCUCCUCCCCGCCGCCGUGCCGCCUCACUUUCUGCCGCUGGCACAGCCUUUAGUGGCCGUCCCCCUCCUGCCCCAGUUCGGUGCCCCACCACAGCUGCCAAUGACUGUGCCCUCUGCCAUAGUGCAGGCUGGCUUCCCUGCCCUUCCCAUACCCAUGUCUCCAGGGUUCGGGCAGGUGCUGCCGGGAUUGCCCCCAACCUCUCUAGGUACCCCAGUUCUUCCCUCUGGACCGGCUGCUAUUGUUCCCAGCCACAUACCUGCUGUCACUCUCCAGCCCGUCACACAGGUGCCCCCACAACCUCUGCACCCCGUGCCUCCCUCCAUUGGAUUGCCAGCCACCUUGGGACAAGUUGCAGAGCCCCUGCUGCUCCCGGGAGACACUGCCUACCAGGUCUUCCCAUCUACAGUGCCAUCCCAGUUCCCUGCGGACACAGGUCUGCCCCCUGCAGUUCACCCAAUGUCGGUGGUCUCCCCUACCAUACGCACAGAGGGUCUGGCACAGCCCGGGUACCAGGGUGGCGUACCACAGCCUUACUCAGAGAGCAGCGGCAUGCAACCCCCGGGGGUAACUGCAGCCACACAGACCGCUGCUCCGCAACCCGUCACAGAGGUUCCCCAAGUGGCUCCUGUCGAAACGCAGCCGCCCCAGACCACCCAGGCAGUCUCCUCCUUGGACAGUCACUCUGACGUGGCAUCGGAUGUCAACGAGGGGGCUACAGGUUCCGGGGGAAGACACGAGGGUCGCACCACCAAACGUCAUUACCGCAAGUCGGUGCGCAGCCGCUCCCGCAAUGAGAAGACCGCCCGCCCGAAGCUCCGGAUCCUAAACGUGUCUAAUAAAGGUGAUCGUGUAGUAGAGUGUCAGCUGGAGACCCACAACCGCAAGAUGGUCACCUUCAAGUUUGACCUGGAUGGAGACAACCCGGAGGAGAUCGCCACCAUAAUGGUCCAGAACAUCUUCAUCCUGUCCACAGAGAGAGACUCCUUCGUGGAGCAGGUGAAGGACAUCAUAGAGAAAGCAGACGAGAUGCUGAGCGAGGACGUCAGUGCCGAACCGGAGGGGGAGCAGGAGGCGGAGAGUAUGCAGAUGAAGGAUGACGCCUACUACCCAGAAGGCCAGAAGAUGGAGGGCGAGUUUAGGCAUCCGGGUCCGAUCUAUCUGCCGCAGCGGCCAGACCUCGCCCCAAGUCUGACCACGCAGGUCGUUCACUCUGCCGGGCGACGCUUCAUCGUGAGCCCCGUGCCCGAGAGCCGCCUGCGGGAGCCCACGUUCUUCAAUGCUCCAUCACAUGACCCGCAGCUCACAGUCCCAGCUGCAGCAGUGCCUCAUGGUCCCGGGAUGAACCUCUCUCACUCCGCUUCCUCCGUCAGCCUGCACAACGCCUUCGCGGAGAUGAGACAGGCGCAGCAGGCAGCCGAGGGUCCCAGCACGGCCCCGCCCAUCUUCAACCAGACCGGACCCCCCUUCCCGACUUCACUCACCAACCUAGCCGGUUCCUUCUCUGCCGCUCUGUCUGGACUGCCCCCCACCUCUGUUGCCAUCCCCAGCAGCCUGCACUCUGGCGUGCCACAAUCGUUGGAGGCGGUGGUGACCGCAGGGAUAGGACACCAGAGUAACGCCCCAAGCAUGGUGCCUCCCAUCACGGCUGUGUCUACCCAGCCACUCCCCGCCGGGACCUUGUCCGGUGUGUCUGUAUCCACAGCAGCUCCUCUCCCAGUGUCUUCUUUGCCUGCGUUGCCUCUAGUCACGGUCCCUGUUGCCUCCGGAGCUUUAACGUCUCCCCCUGCUCAGUUAGUUCCUCCUGUCAGCAGCUCCGGAUCUCUACAACAGCCAACGCUUACCUCUCCCUCCAAUGCCGCAGCAACCAUUGGAACCCUGCCGCACACCUCGGUGUCAGCACCGGUCAUCCUGAGCACUGGACCGCCAGCGCAAGUUCUGAGCAGCAGCAGCUCCGCUCCGGGCUUCGUGGAAAGCGCACCAGUCAACGUGCCUCACCCGGAGGGCAGCAUGAAGCCAGCCAAGGUCCCUGCGGCAAUCAGUACAUCCGGCAUGACCCUCCCCAUAUCCGGUCCGCUCACCUAUGCCGGAGUGGCAGCAGCAAACCUGACCAUGGCCGGCAGUCAACCUCACAUCCACGCGGCACAUCUUCCCCCUGGCGUUGCACGACGACCCGUUGUAUCUCAAGCAGCGGGCACACCCCUGUCUUCUCAGGUGCCAUUGCGAGCUGUACCCGUAGGUCAUCAAGUGCAAGACAAGCCUGCCCAACCUACAGCAUGUGUUGCCCCAGUCGGCAUGGUCCCCGGCCUCACUCACGCUCACUCCAGAGGCGACGCCGACAGCUUGACCAAGCCCGGGAUCGACGACAUCAAGACCUUGGAGGAGAAGCUGCGCUCGCUGUUUAGCGAACAUGGAAGUGUUGGCGCACCGCACGGUACCACCCCGCAGGAAUCCUCCACCGGGGCACAAGAUGGCAUCCCCUUACCGGGUCCUCCGGCCACCACGGUCUCAUCCCAGACCAAGCCUACACCAGCCGCACCGCCUUCAAGUUUGCCUUUGGGAACGUCCGGCGUGCCCAUCCUGAGCCAGGGUCUGACCCCUGGACAAGCUGUUACUCCUGUCACGUAUGUGUCGGCACCGGUCGCCACGGCGAUGGCAGGAAAAGCCGGGACACCUCCUUCUAAGCCGCCACUCACUAGGGUGCCGGUGCUCCCGGCCGGGGCAGAGCUCACAGUGGGCAGUCCGCCCGGCGAACCGCUGCCUCCUCUCCCAGGACCUUCACUAACUCAGUCCCAGCAGCCUCUGGAAGACCUGGAUUUCCAAUUGAGACGGACGUUGAACCCAGAUACCGUCCCCGCGUCCUCCGCACCCAACUGCCCUGUACCCACUUCAGCCCCGACGGGUGUCCCUGCUCCGGCCAGCACCGCCUCACAGCCUCCGACUGAAGGACCUGUAAAACCCAAACCAGAAGCAGAGACGGGGGUCCUUAAGAUGGGGCGAUUUCAGGUCUCUGUUGCAGCAGACGAUGUUCUAAAACCCACAGAGGUGCCAAAGCCUUCCCCACAGACGACAUCCUCAUCCUCCACUUCCUCCUCUUCUUCGUCCAUGUCUUGCAGCAGCCCAGAAAGCACCAUGGUGAAAACGAAACGCAGCGCAGCCGGUUCAUUGGAUAUUGUGGAUGGCGUUGGGCUCCCACACACCCCUGUGCGCAGCUCUUCUCCCAAACAGUCAGUGCAGGUGGGACGGUUCCAAGUGACCCCCUCAACCGCGACUGACCGAGUUGGUCGUUUCUCAGUGUCUCGGGCCCCAGAUGAACUUUCACCAGGACACACUGAUCCCGAGCCAACUUCUCCAAAGACACAACCGCACCUGAAUGGACCUUCUUCCCACCCCGACUCAUCGGCCACCAUGAGCGACCCACCCAGGGCUACUCAGGAUGACAGCCUGGGCAGCCCAGUCAUACAGCACGCGUUGGGUUCAAAGGUCAGCCUGCAGAGCCUCAGCAACUCCUUCAACUCCUCAUAUAUGAGCAGCGACAACGAGUCCGAUAUCGAAGAUGAGGAACUGAAGAAGGAGCUACGGAGACUACGAGACAAACACCUCAAGGAGAUCCAGGAUUUGCACAGUCGGCAGAAGAAGGAGAUCGAGCUGCUGUACACGGAAUUGGGAAAAGUGCCCCCCGCCGUCAUCAUCCCUCCUGCCGCGCCCCUCUCUGGCCGGCGCAGGAGACCCACCAAGGGCAAAGGCAGUAAAUCCAGCAGAGGGAGCCGUAGCCCCCAGCUCUCAGGUGACCUGUCCACGCAGAGCGCUCCGCCCGCCGUUCUUCCUCCUCCGCAGCAGAACCUCCUCCUACCUCCCUGCAGCGCCGCCGAUUCGGGACUCCUGAAGCCCUCGCCUUCCAGCGACAUCCUCUGCUCCGCCUUCACCAGCGAUGCUGCGCUGUCCGCACCCAGCUUAUCCGGACAGGGACAAGGGACGAGCAGCACAAACACAGUCGCCCCUUCCAAUCCUCCGGCCCCCCAUUCGAACACUGCUCCUGCCUCCUCCUCCAGCCGCAAGGGAACCUUUACAGACGACCUACACAAACUGGUGGACAACUGGGCCCGUGACGCCAUGAACCUGACCGGGAAAAAGAGCAAAUCUGCACAUGCCAGCUACGAGGGACCGGGAAUGGCUCGAAAGUUUUCUGCCCCCUGCGUGUCUAUGACUCCGUCCCUGGGGGUCCCCGUCUCCAUACCUGCGGCUUCCGCCAACUCCUUGGCUCAUUACCCUAAAGGAAUCUGCCCUCCGCAACAGUUUGGCUUCCAAAGUGCACCGUUCCAAGCCCCAUGGAGCGGACCUGGCGUGCCGCCGCCCUCCCAGCCCAUUGGCCAGUUUGCCCCGACUGUGACUUCUUCCUUGCAGAACUUUAACAUCAGCAGCCUCCAGAAGUCCAUCAGUAACCCGCAAGGGUCCAACCUGCGGACUACCUAGCAGGAGGAGAGCUGAGCCAUCUUCUGACAAAGUUCUGGUGGAGACCAGGCCCGACUAGAAGCCCCGGAAGGACUUCAUAUCUCUCACCAGGCCCCUUCCCCACAUAGGGAUGCGGCUUCAUUCCAUGUCCCUAAAGGUUGCAUAUAAAAGGGGGCACGCCCUGCAAGCCGCGCACCAUCGGGGUGACGCCAGAUUUGGGGCAGCGAGGGGGAAAGUCGAGCCCUGCAUUAGCAGGGGAGGGGAGAGCGUCCUCUCUGCGCUACGGUAUAGGUCAUAAACGCUUACAGAUAAAAACAAAGGACUAUUAAAGGCUAUUGACUGCAGCAUUACAAUUGUAUGGAUGAAAGUAAAUAUAUAAAUAUAUAUAAGUAUAUUAAACAUUAAAAAAAAAACAAAGUUCGGUGAGGACAAUGACUCUGCCAUCAGUUAUGAUGUGGAUACACUGUGAUAUAUAAUAUAUUUAUGUUGUUGGACAACAGUAGUUAAUAUGAUAAUAAAAUAGCAGAAUGUUCCAGGGUUAGAGACGCCACCGCCCGCUCCCGCCUCCUCAUCAGUCACUUUAAUAAAAAUUAAAAAACACAAUUUUUUUUCCUUUUAUUUAGAUUUAAUGUGAAUGUAAAAUUGUAUAAAGUUUAACUUGAACCCCUGCCGGUCCCCCCAAUCUUUUUCGCUGUGUAUUUUAGUGCCUUGAGACCCUGGAAGUUUCUUUUUUUAAGACUGUUUUGGGGGGAUUGUGUACGUAGGUUGGAGGCCGCAGGUGGAUAUUUUUCAUUGUUCUGUUAAGUGGUUUGCGUUGUCGGAUGUGUCGUAGGGCUGGAGAUGCCGAUACUUGGCUGAAGGGGGCGCCAUUGUUGCUUGUGAUCAAGAGCUUUGGGCUGGAGCUUGGAAUAAAGAGGUGGUCAAGGAAGUUAGACGAUAGGUGGCGCUGUUCUUGGGGUUUUCACGUUAACCGUCUUUUAAAUCUUGUAUAAGAGAAGCGUAGGGCCCUGAUGCCCGCACCGUCAUGUCGUGCUCCCCCAUGUAUUUCAGAUUUUUACUUCUGUGGCAGCAUCUUAUACUUGAAAAGAGAAAAAAAUAAAUACCAAGACAAAAUAAAACCUCCUUUUUUUCCGCACUUUUGAGAAUGAGACGUAUAAUCUGCAGCAGUAUUAUUAUUACUUCAUGUCGAGUUGCACAGUCCAUAUGUUCCUUUUGGAGUUUACACCUGAGUUGUUGUUUUUGUUGUGUGGCCUAGAAAGUAGGAAGCGGCACCAAUCUAGAACUCAGCAUUGUGUCUGGUUCAUGGUCGGGUUUUCUUUUUGGCGUCUGUAAAGUUGUCGCACAGUUAACUCCACCUUCCGUCUGGUAAAGUAGCAGCUUUUAAAAACAAUGAAAGAAAAACUUGAUGCAAUGUUUUAGGUCACCCUUUAGCUCUGUCUUGAAUGCAAUGUUCUAGGUCGCUCUUGAUGUUGUGUUGUAUGUCAUCCUUCAUGUCUGUUGAUGUGAUUUUGUAGGUUGGCCUAGAGUCUGUCUUGACAUGUUUUAGGUGACUUUUUGGUCUGUCUUGAAGUAAUGCUCUAGAUCACCCUUUAGGCUUGUCUUGAAUGUGGUGUUCUAGGUCGCUCUUGAUGUGGUCUUCUAGGUCAUUCUUCAGGUGUCAAUGCAAUGACUGUUGGCCAAACGCUUGUCUUGACUCAGUGUUUUUGAUCGAUCUUGAGUCUUUCUUGAAGUGAUUUUCUAGGUCGCCCUUAAGUCCUUUCUUAAAUGUGAUGUUUUAGGUCACCUUUGGGUCUGUCUUGAUGUGGUGUCCGAGUUCUAUCAUUGAUGCAAUUUUCUAGGGUGCUCUUCAGGCCUGUCUUGAUUGGAUGUUCUAGGUCGGCCUCAGGUUUGUCUUGAUUGGAUGUUCUAGGUCUAAUAUUGAUGCAGUGUUCUUGGACGCCCUUAGGUUUGUCUUGAUGUCAUGUUCUUUAGGUCUCCAUCAGGGUAUGUUCUAGGUCGACAUUGGGUCUUUUAUUUUGUUGUUCUAUGUAACACUUAAGAUGUCUGUAUUUAUUGCAUCGGGGAGAAAUGUUCUAUUAUGUUCGUUUCUCUGCCUUCUUUUUAUAGGGGUCCUCCACUCUGAUGCCAACCCAUCAGGUUUCCAGUGGAUUCUUCCUGUAUAGACAAAUGUGGUUUGGCCUAACAGGAGGGGGGGGGGGGGCCCCCUUUUAAGCUGUUUUUGCUAUAUAGAUUCUAAAGUUUGAGAACAUUAAGGCGAGUGACUCUUAACCUGCUACUUUGUAGUGAAUGUAUAAUCCUUAUCAGGAAAAGGGCUCAUUGUACUCACCCACUGUAGUCUUGGAGUAUCCCGGCAUGUAUCGAAGUCAGUUGUAUCCAAGUCAGUAUCUUCAGCUUCCCCCACUACUAGUCAUUAUGGUGCAGACACCCUCAGUCUCUUUCCCUGUAUGGUUCCUCAGUGAGGUUCUUGAAGUGCUUUGUAAGUAGCGGAUCCUCCAUUCCACGGGUUGUACGGUGCGAGGUGGCGGGAUCGGCUCUGAAAAGGGAUUAUUAUAGGGCGGCAGGUGGAUAUUUAUUAUACAUUAUUUCCUUUUUUUUGCCCCUUUACAGUUUAUUAGGUUUGAGAUCUUUAGUAUUUUUCUUAAAAUUUGCGCAUGCUUUGGGUUAUUUUCCACUGAUUUUCUCCAUUCUCCCCUCCCCCCUCUCCUUCCUGUGGACACAAAUAAUAAUAAAGUAUAAAGCUACUGAGCAAAUGUACGCACCCCGACUCACCCCCCCCCCCCCCCCCCGGAGAGGAGACCACAACAUUAUUUAACACUGAGCAGAUAUGUAUGCCCCCUGUACUAUUAUUUAACACUGUACCUAAUGAAAUUGAUGAGAUUGUGGGAUUCCCUGAGCUGUGAAUUUUCCCGUUUGCACUUUUUGUCCUGCAUCUUUCUGUACAAAUUUGCACUUUUUUCUCUUUUUAUCGCCUCUGUAGUCUAUUACAACUAAUAAAGGAGCCUUAUUUUA